AUGGCCGCACCGGACUCAGCAUCCGGCCCCGUGCAGAUGCUUCAGGAGGAAGCCCUGUGCGCCAUCUGCCUGGAUUACCUCUGCGACCCCGUGUCCAUAGGCUGCGGGCACAACUUCUGCCGCGCAUGCGUGACCCGGCUGUGGGGCGCCCUCCAGAACCAGGCCGGUGCCGGGGCGCAGGUCGGCGGGAACGAGGGCGACGCCGGCCCGGCUGCCGCAGACAGACACCAGCCUGGAAGCCCCAGCAGUGACGGCGGCGGCGGCGACGCCCUGGGACGCGACCUGAGAAUCACCAUCUAUCCUGAAGAGUUCAUGGAUGCCUUGGACGCUAUGGAGUACGAGGAGGAAUACCUGAGCUCUGACAGCGACCUGUCUUCUUCCCCGCCCUCUGCUCGCAAGUUCACCUGUCCCCAGUGCCAGCAGACCUUCACGCGCCGCAACCUCCGUCCUAACCUGCAGCUAGGCAACAUGGUGCAGAUAAUCCGCCAGAUGUGCCCUGGCGAUCAUCUGGUCCACAGGGGGAGAGAGCAGGAGAUGUGUUCCAGACACCAGGAAGCCAUGAAGCUCUUCUUCGAGGCAUUUAGAGAGCCCUCCUGCACCAUGUGCCGAGCAAACAGUAACUGCGAGAGGGGCGCCGGUGGCAAAGGCGGUGCGGAAGAAAACAGCCAGUGA